UAAGCUGUGGAAAAUCAUGCUGUCAUCUUGAUGCCCCACUUUUGGUGAACUUAAACGUUUAUGAGUGAAAGGUGGUGACAUAAGUGAGCGUCAAGCUGGUAAGGAGGAAGAGCGGAGGAGGAGAGGAGGAGGGCGGAGACACUCCACCCGUCUGAUUCUGUUCAUUCCUUGUUUCGGCAAAGGGGGAGAGGAGUCAGCAUCUCUAACUUCUGUCUCCGAAAAUACGCGGAAAAAAAUCGCAUCUGUUGUGUUCAAUGCAGCAAAGCGCGCGCUCUUCUCUGGAGGAGAAUUUUGCGCUUUGACGCAUCUGGAUACAGCUGCAACUUAACUUCUUGUUUCACCGAGGUUUCACCAGGAGUUGGGCGACCACAUAAGCGAGCGGUUGGUCGAGAGAGAGCAAGCUGCCUGGAAAAAGCACAAGGACGAAAGGGAGGAAAAGAAGAACAACAAACCAAAAGGAGCGGAGAGAGGAGAGGUGACCUGGCUGAAGCGACAUGUUUGGCAUGAUCAAGAACUCGCUCUUCGGAAACACCGAGGAGACCGAAUAUAAACUGCUUAGCAGUGAGACGAAGGAUGGAGUAAGCUUUGAGGUGCGGCGAUAUGAUGCUGCCAAAUACGCCGCCGUCUCCUCAGAGGGACGAACUUUUGACCAAGUGACUGGGGAGCUGGUGAGGAAGCUGCUCAUGUACAUUGGUGGGAGCAAUGAACAAGGUGAGGCCAUGGGCACAGCAGCUCCCAUCAUCAUCACAGUGUACCCACGGAAUGACGGUGUUCUGUCUCGCCGGUUGGUGGUUGGCAUCCGCAUCCCCACCAUCUACCAGCAAAGCCCCCCAACUCCCACUGACAGUGCCGUCAGGAUUGAGGAGCGGCCUGGCAUGACUGUCUAUGCUCUGCAGUUUGGAGGCUUUGCAGGGGAGAGUGAGUACCGAGCGGAGGCCUUGCGUUUGACGCGUACCCUGGGUGAGACGGCCCCCUUCCAGCGCAAGCAGUACUUCUGCUGUAGCUACGACCCACCGCUCAAGCCUUACGGACGCCGCAAUGAGGUGUGGUUUCUACAGGAGGAGCCGUAAGGAGCCAUCGGAUCAGUCAAUCUCAUGCUGAAUUCUUUAUUCAACCUAAACUACCCUUUCACUCCUGACAGUCCUGUAGCUCUAACAGUAUUUGAUUUGAUUGAAUAUGGGGAUUCGGUAGGUCUUUGACAGACAGAGAUUACCCAUGUUGCCUUUACCCAUCUAAUCUCUCUGCUUGUCACACAUGCAGUAUUGUUGCCACACUGAAGUUAGGUGUUCAAGCAAUGGGAACAAUUCAGAGUUCAUCAUCAGUGCAGUAGCAUUCUCUCAUUUCAUCACAUUUUCUAUAUUUUUCUUUAUAAUUUUAACUCACCCUUUAACUCAGACACAGAACAUGUGAUAUGGGUGGCUAAAGGCUUUUAGAGGUAGGUAGUGUUAGGUAGUGAAAGUAUUUAUUAGAGUCCCAUACCUUUAAUACUCAAAUUUAAUCUGAAAAAAUGCAUCACUUGGAAACCAUGACUGAGUUUUGUUCUCUAAACCUAGGGAAAUUAACUGGUAUACUACUGCCACUGGCUUACAGGUGUGACACAGAAAGUAACUCACUGAAUAAUCUGUAUUUAAAUACAACUGAACUGAUCUUUUCAAUCAUUAGUAAUUUUGCCUGCUUGUCCUUAAGGGUAGAUAGUAGAGCUCCCAUCUCCCUGAAAAAACACAGUAGGGCAUUGCACAUCUGUAAUCUAGUUUACAAUAUAGUGAUACAGGCUACAAAGAAGUGUAUAGAAUUAACAUUAUAUACAUGGUAGUAAAAAGCACACAUCCUUUUCCUGAGUAAGGAACUGGAAUAAAAAUCAGGAGCUGAGCCAUAAAGUAGAACUAGUCUUUAUGAAUUAAUGGUUGGACAGCCGUGAGUGGAAAUUAGCUAGCUAGCUAUUGGUGUUGUUUGUGAUUACGUGUUGGUCCAGAAAGCAUUUGUGUGUAGUGAAUAUUUUUGUGUUUUAGUGCAUGACAAUGCCAUCUUUAUUUAUUCAGACUCUUGAAACUGUGUUAUGCGAUACAUCUGUACAGUGUGAUUUCCUGUGAUAAGAGUGGAUAUAAUGUUCAGGUUUGAUAGUGUUUCAUAACACAAUAAAUGUUAUUCAGUUAGAGUGGAUAA